UGAGAGACUUUUGCAACAUCGUCGUCAUGAGUUCGUACACGGCCCAGUCCUGGAGCCAUCAGCGGCUCUACUCACCCCGAGAGUUCGUCCGUCGCUUCAGCCUCCCACAGGUUGUUACUAUCCAUGAAGGUAUGACUCAUCACGUCCAGACUCCUACGGCACUGGACAUUGGUCAGCCCUUUCUCCUAUACCAGUCUUACAAUUGUCGGAAGGUUCACGCUCGCAGUUUAGACAGGGAUAAGCGAGGAAGGGCCAAAGCUGUAGGACUUCCUCUGGUGGUCCCUGAAAGUUAUUCAGGUUGGUUGGCUGUCAUCUCGGACGAUGGUCACACAGCUGGAUACUUCACCACUAUCGAACAAGUAGCACGUGCUCGCGUUCCUCUGUUUGUUACAAAGAACGAUGUUAUAGGAUAUCAACUUCCAGAGCCCAGAGACUCGGUGGAGAAAUCGGUUUACACAAAGGUUGCUGUGUCUGCUGGACAAGUCUUAAGGCUGCUUGGAGUCUAUGAGGACAUCAGUUCAAAGUCCAGAGGAAGUUUAAGUGGACGAAAUAGGAACGACAGGAACCGUGGAAAGUAUGCCAAGUGUUUAAGUCAGAUGGGAGAAGUAAUGUUCAUACCAUUUAUUGCCUCUGGCAAGUUUUACGCCGUAGCUCGUCGUUCAUCCUACUCCGUCAGCCACGUUUUCUUGUUACCUAAUCUCCUUCGGGUUUUCCCACUACCCCUUACAACCCGUCUUAUCAGUGGCACUCAACCAAAGCUUCCAUGCAAUUUUACCAGUGUUGUUCGUCUGCAAGAAAUUCAGCGGCAAGAUGUGGUCCUUGCGUGCACUCUCAAAGAUGGCGGGCCAAUUUUGGUGGAAAUAGAUCUUGAUUCUACUUUUUCGUUUGUUAAGAAGCUAGGCGAUCUUCAUUUUCAAACCUCUGGUAUAUAUCAACAGAUGUUAAGAUUCUGUGUUGAAGAAGCAGAUAACUGGAAGAAGCAGAUAAAAGUCACACAUCACGUAGUUCCUCAGCUUAAAGACAGAGCGAAAAAGUCUGUAUCUUCUAAUGGAAGUAGUAAACGAAGCAAUAAAAAUUACGAGAAAGAAUUUGAAACACAAUCUAUAAGUAUCUCUUUGAAUUUCGAGGACCUUGAAUCAGAUAAAGGAUCUAUGAAGUCAAAGUUAUCCAUGGGAUCCAAACGGUCCUCCUCAUCUUCCAGAUUUAGCAAUCCUUUCAGUAAGCUUUGGAGCUUUCGGAAGUCGAAAACGUUGCAGAUGGUGCGAGAAGGGGAAUUUGAAGAGAUGGAAAUAGUUUCAGGCAAAGCACGAGGAAAUGGAAGCAUAAUGUCCUGUUCUGCAGUUGAAGCUCACCUAUAUGAGACUUUAAAUCGAAAUACUCAGCCAUCUUGUAGGCUAAUACGAGAGCCCAGUAGUGAUUUAGGUAUGUCUAGGCGGCCAAAGGACUGUGAUAAUCUUAAUGGCGAUGACGGUUAUGGAACAUAUCAAGCCGAUGAAGACUCUUCUUAUUACUCAGUAUGUUAUUAGAAAAUAAUUGACGUAACCAAAUUCUAAGCUAUUACCUAUCAAAAACCUAUACCAACAAUUUCACAAUCAGAGGAAACGUACUGAUUGCAUGGCAAGUCACUGUAUUGGUUUUGUUUCAUUUAAGAAAAAUAUUGCAUUUUCUUUAGGUUUUCGCUUUACUAUAUUUUUGUGAUCGAACGGUAACAAUACCAUUGGGCAUUCAUCAAAAUUAGUGAGCAGGUCAGUCUUAGUCAACGAAAAAAAUAAGUGUCCAACUGACGUUUACCCCUGCAGUCCAGUAGUUUGUAAGAUACGUCAGUUCAAGUAUAUGUCUUGGAAACUUCCCGCUUUUUAGCCCACCUCAUAUUCAACGAUCAGAACACGAACUUUGAUCAUACUAUGAGAAGGUUAUAUUUGUUUGCAUGUAAUAUUUUUGAAACCAAAUACUAUUUACAUGUUACAUAUGCAGAGUGGAUAUCAUUAGGGUUAGGGGGAUUACUGAUAAAUCACCUGUGACUGUGAAUAGUUAUGAAGACUAUGUGCAACUUCUUGCAGCUCGUAGUGGGUUGAAAAGUUAGUAAUUAUCGCCAAUAUCUCAACCAGUACAUGCAAUAACUCUCUUUGUUUAACGUAGCACAAAAACGGAUACGAAGAGACCAGAUUUAUCUGACUUUGAACCCAACUUGUGUUCCAAAAUAAGAACUACUUUAGUAUAUGUAAAAGACAAGCAAUUCAGCAGUAAAUCUCUCCUGGUGAACAGCAUACGAAAGAUUAACCAAUGUUUGUAUUUACUAUAGGUGUGUAGGGCACAGCUAAAUGCGCUGUUGAGUAUAGUAAUCCUCAGAACCCACUAAUUCCGGCUUAUGGAUUCAAUGAAUUUCCUUUUGGUGCUAUUUUAGUUGAAUUGUUAGCUAGUUGGAAUAUGUUUAUAUUCAGCGCAAAAGCUAGAUGGGUUACUUUGGGGUAUUUUAUGUACUCAAAGGUUUUAUUUCAUUUGGUUUGAAGUGGCCCACAAUGAUUGAGAAUAAAAUAAGUUAAAAACAUUUAUGUUUCCUACAGUGAA